AUGAAUAAAAAUGAAAAUGAUUUAUUAAAGCCUCCAGUUAAUAGGUCUAUGAGGAUUCUGGAUAAGAAGUUUUUUAGGAAGUCUAUUCUUUUAAGUGCAGCAGUAGUACCAUUGAAUUUGAUAUCAACAUUUCGUAAAACAUGUUCAUUGGAUAUUAUGAAAAGGAUUGUUCCAUUUUUCUAUGAGGAUUCAUUAUUUAAAAGAAUUAUCUUGAAACCAGAGAUUUCAGUACAAAAUAUGUCAAAAUUAAGUGAAAGAUCACAUAAAUAUAUAAAGGAAAAUAAUAUUUCUAUUGUUCCGCAUCUUUUAGAGCUUGAUUAUGAUUUUUGGAGCUCUGAUGAUAUUUUAAAUGCAAUUCUUCCUGAAAAUCUUUUAAAAGAGGUUCCAUGUAGUUUUACACAGGUAGGAAGUAUUGCACAUAUGAAUAUUCGUGAAGAAUAUUUGCCAUACAAGAAAAUAAUAGGUGAAGUUAUUCUUAGUAAGAAUAAGGGAAUACGUACAGUUGUAAAUAAAGUAGAUACGAUUGAUACAAAAUUUAGAAACUUUAAAAUGGAAGUGUUAGCAGGUGAAAAUGAUUUUUUUGUUCAGCAUAGUGAGUCCAAUUGUCUUUUUAAAUUCGAUUUCUCCAAGGUAUAUUGGAAUUCUAGACUUAGCCAUGAACAUAAUCGAUUAAUUGAGUUAUUUCAAAAGGGAGAUGCUAUAUGUGAUGUUUUUGCUGGAGUAGGACCAUUUUCUAUACCAGCAGGCAAAAAAGGUGCCAUUGUUUUUGCAAAUGAUUUAAAUCCAGACAGUUAUGAAAGUUUAAAAGAAAAUAUAUCUUUGAACAAGGUUGAUUCAUUUGUAAAAGCAUAUUGUAAAGAUGGGCGUCAAUUCAUUAGGGAUUCAGUUCAGGAAUUACUAGAUUUUUCAAAACAAAAGAUUAUUAAAUUUUCACAUAAAAAUGACUCUAAAUCACAGAGAAAAAUAUCAAAUUUUGAAGACAUUUUAAUACCUCAAGUAUUUAAACAUUUUAUCAUGAAUUUACCCGAAACAUCUAUUGACUUUUUGGAUGCUUUUAAAGGAAUUUAUUCUCAACAUAAACAUUUAUUUUUUUCUGAUAAGAAUUCUCUUCCUACAAUUCAUGUCUAUUGUUUUUCAAAGAUUGAUCCUCCUGAUGAUUUAGUUUCAAAAUUUAGUUCUUCUCUUGGAACAAAAUUAUCUCAAAGCGAUGUUAACAUCUAUUGUGUUAGAAAAGUUUCUCCCAAUAAGGCAAUGUACUGCUGUUCAUUUAAAUUUCCAGAAAGCGUAGCAUUUAAUUGCAUAUAA